AAUCACUAUUAGCCCUGACAACACAAAUCCCUUAGAGCGGUCAUUCAAGGAAUAUGCUUUUAAUAUUAUCAAUCUAAUAAUGAGUAUAAAUACAAUAUAAAAAUCAAUGUGCUGAAUGACAUUCAUCUACAACCUGUUUAACCAAACCAGUAAAAUGAAACUAUCAAUCACCAUAUUAUCAUCAAUCUUGGCUGUCUGCUCAGUUACUACAGCUAGUCCAGUUUAUCCCAGUUCGACCAUGAGUGCUGAAGCUAGCACUUUGACAGCCUCUCCAAGCGCAAAUCCAGCUGGUGGAGAUAUCUAUCCGGGUUUUCCUAGCGCAUAUAAUCUUGAGAAAUAUUGCGAUCCAUUCGAUACUACUGAAGCGUCGUUGAUCAAAGAAAUUGCAAAAGCCCAUGUUGGAAUUGAUGUGAUGUCUACACAACUUGAAGGCCUACAUUAUCAGUAUGACUUUCAAAAAGGAGUGAUUAUUAAAGUGGAGCAACAACUCGAAACUCUGCGUCAAACUCCGGGUCAGGAGUUGGGUGCUGCUGAAGCCAGGCUUAAGAUGCAGUAUGAGGUUCUUGAUGGACUCAAAAAUGAGCUGAAAGAACUCGUUAAGAAAGCUUCGGAUAUAAUUAAGAAAGAAGAGAGUUUGGAGAAAAAGCUUACAGAGCACUUGUCGCCUGGAUCAUCAGCGAAUGGCGGUAUCCUAAAAUUAAAAACAGUUUCCGGAUAUAAGGAAUGCUACGAGUUCUUCUUUCAUUAUGCUCGGAUUGUUACAAUCCGAGCAUAG